GAUUCCUGCAUGUGCGAAGUGCGCGUUUACAGCGAAAGAUUGCGGCCAUGUCAUUCUCUUGGAAUGCCUACCAGCAGCGGCAGCCGAUCCCCGGGCAAAGCUUGCUCAACCCGCUGAACGCUCCCCCUCCGAACACGGCCCAGUGUUACCAGCAAUGGUCCCCGAACUUGCAGAUGCAGUACCCACCUUUCAACUGCACCGUCCCACCACCUUUCCCACAGCAACCUUUGUAUGCACCUCCAACCAACUACCAAGCGCCAUCGCCGCAGUUACCGACGACUCCACAGCCGCCGUUUGCGUACAACCCGAGUGCGCAACAGAUGCCUUCUCAGCCUUGGCACCCGAGACCGCCGAUGGAACCCUGGGUCAAGAAUCGGCGGGACACCGAGCCGCCACCUCCGGAUUUAAAUGUGGCUCGAGUCAAGUCGGAGCCAAAGGGGGAUGCACUGCUAAGUGAAUUACCCGAGUGGUUGCGAGCGAAAGUCUGCGCUUACGACGCACAGAAGCGAGUUCAGAAGAUCAAAACUGAAUCGGCCCCGACUUCCUCUCCGUCCGACACAUUAAAAGAAGCCGUCCUGGCGUUGGAGGUGCUGAAAGGACUUCAGUCGGCUGCCGAGAGCUCUGUACGAGACGGGAGCGAAGAGCAAUGGACGGAACUGAUGCAUCGGGUCAAAGUGUGCAAGGCCAAACUAAGGACCUACUGUGAAGAGCUGUCCAAGGACGAGGUUCUGGCCAAUCUUCGUGUUCGGAGCGAGCGGCGGCGGAAGAAGAGGGAGCGACUUAGAAGGCUGCGGCAAGAGCGCAAGGAUGAGGCGGAAGACCGCGCCAAACGUGCGGCUCUUACCGAGGCACGGAUCAACGCGCAUCGUCAACGGAUCCUCGACAAGGUCAACCAGGAACGGCAGGAAGAGAACAUGAAGGAAGAGGCAGACUCCAUCCUGAGCGAGAUCCGAUUCAAGAUCAACCGCACACGAGAGUACCUGGAGAAGAUCCGUGCGAUGGAACAGCUGCGCGCGGCUCGGAAGCUCUCCUAUCAGCAGAAGGGUCUUUACGUGGCACCAGAAGCAGAUGCCACCUUCGAGACUGAGACGGCAUCAGUGCGCUCCCUCCUGGAAGGGGAGCUGUCCAACUACCUGAAAGAAGAAACUGCGCUCAAGGUCAUGCUCGAGACCGAACAGAAGGAGCAGUACGAGACCAAGAAACUGGCCGUCAGGCAGGCGGCAGUCAUCGAGAACCUCUUUGGCAAUGCCGCUGUGGAGCCGGCGCUGUAUCCCUGUUGGCAGCUCUACACCUCAGCAUCUGAGAACCUCGAGUCGCUUGUGAGGGUCAGGGACUCGUGGGACCGGUACCUGGUGCCGCCGGAUCACCCGGGGGGCUCUUCCGUGCCCCUCCAGUGGAUACAGCCGGAGGCGCCGUCUUCCCACCUCUGGGCACAGUUCUGCACGUCCCUCGCUUAGGAGCGUGCACCCCUGGCAAAUAAAGCCCCGCUCCCCAAGCGUGCUCGUUUUUUGGAGCACACUGUCGGAAGUGGCUUUGAU